AUGAGUGAAAACCUCCUCAAUUCCAAAGGCGAUUGGGCUGGAGAUGCUCAGGCCUUGCAAGGUAAAGAGUCUGCUGCGUCACUGGUUCCUUCCCCUGCUACGCAAUCACAACAAGCUGGACAAGCUGGGGCUCCAGUCCCUCCCCAAGGUCGUCGUGUCACUAUUGGAGGUGCCAAUCGUCGAUCUAGUCUUGGCUUUGAUCAAAUCAACGAUGCUCUAUUUGGAAGAAGACCGAGUGGUUUUGGAGAACUGGACAACCUGUUUGGACGUAGAGGAUCUAUGGAUUCUACCGCUGCAGCCUUUGAUGCUCACAUCAUGGAUCUAACAAGGAGGAGAUUGUCAAUGGCAGGUGGAACUAACGAUCCACUAGCUUCGUUUGAUCCGCUUGGAGGAAUGGGGGGUGUCAACUUGAACUUGGGCAAUGUAGCUUCCAUCAAUUCGUUCGGUCAGCUUCCUUCUAUGUCGGGAGGGAAUCCACCCAACAGUAACAAUGGAGCUGCUUCUGCUGCUGCUUUGGGACAAGAUGCUACUUCUUUGAAUAACCGCCAACAACAACUUCAAGAACAACAACAUGAUCUCGAACGCAAGCAGAAAGAACUGGAACUUCAGAGACAGCAACUGCUUGCAGCCAUGGGGGAACGACGCCUUGCCAUUCAGAGCAUGCAUCAUAAUAUGAACGGGCCUCAGAACAACACACAACAAGCCCAACAAGCUCAACGAAAUGCAUUGAAUUUCAAUAAUGCCCAAGGUCUGCUCAUGGGACUACAGAAUCAAGGAUUUGCUGCAGCUGCGGCUGCUACGAAUUCUGCACCUGACGUUAACGGUGGCGGCCAGCAACAGCAGUGGUUUGUAUGCAGAGUAUGCAAUGGGAAGGCAUUUAAUAACCGAGAAGAGGCGAAUGCUCACGAGAAUAUGUGCAUGAUGAACAAUGCUGGCGCCGCUGCUGCAAGACGUAAUAGCCUUGCUGGAAUGAUGAGACGUGGCAGUCUGGAUCUUCUUGGGUCUCUGGCGGGUGGUCCAUUGGCCAACCAAACACCCGAUAUCUUUGCUGCCGUCCAAGGCUUUCAACCACAACUAUCCAUGUCAGUUGCGAAUCAAACCAGCAAGCAAAACAACGAUGAUGCUUUUGUAUCGGAACACAUGUCCAACGGCCCGUUUGCCGCAAUGAACAAGCCAAUACCUUUGGCGAUGGAAACCGACAAGGAGUGGUUGACGCCGUUGCACUGCUUUGUACGUAAGCAUUGUGUGGAAGUGUUUACAGCAGUGGAAGAAGAUGUCGCCACUCCUUCCAAAGGAAAGCGGAAACCAAUCCAAGUCGGUCAAGUCGGAAUUCGAUGUCCGCACUGUCAUAGAGAUCCAUUAUCCCAGUCGAAAGAACGAGGCAGUAUAUAUUACCCUACCUCUAUUGCCUCGAUCUACAACGCUACGAUGAAUCUCCUACAAAGACACUUGCACAAUUGUAAUGCAGUUCCACCCGAAAUCAUGGAACGUUACGAAAUGCUUAAAGGUGAUGAUGCACGAAGUGGAACUUCCAAGAAAUACUGGGUCCAGAGUGCUGUCAGUCUGGGACUUGUAGACACUGGAACUGGAAUUCGUUAUUCUGGAGUGCCUCAGCCAAAUGCUCUACCACAAAUCCCAGCGCUCGAGGCUGGAAAUAUGUUCAAACCCAAUGAAGAACCUGUGAAACAUGAUGAGGCAGCCGAAAGCUCGUCAGAAGCUGAAACUGCUACCGAUUCCAAGCCAGCGGCAGAACAAAAGAGGGACAAUACUAUAAUGGAGCCAGCUUCACCCGAAAGUCCCAUUGUUGUUCCAGAAGAUGAACCAUGCGGCACUGCGUUUUCUUAUUAUUUGCUGCAACAAAUGCGUCCUUGCGUAUUUGCAGAAGCCGAUAGACUUGGGAAACGCAAAGGUCUCCCUCCGGGAUUUCCUGGUCUUGCUUGCAAGCAUUGCUUUGGCGGAUAUGGUUCGGGAAGGUUCUUUCCCUCUAGUAUCAAGACUCUUUCAGAUACUUCCAAGACAUUGAAUGUUCUUCAUAAUCACAUGAUGAGAUGUCGAAAGGUUCCACCCGAGAUCCGAGAUUCUCUUACCAGUCUCCGCAAGACGCACGACGAAGAACGGGCCAAGAUGAAAUUUGGAAGCCAAAAAGCUUUCUUCGCUCGCAUUUGGGACCGAUUGCACUUUAAGGAUCCUUCCGUUUCGUCCAAACGCAAGUUUCAACCUGCGCGAGUGCAGCCACAAAUCCCCGCCCAAGCCCCACAAGCUGUUUCAGGAUUCCUCCCAAGCAACUUCUUGGGACAACCAGGUUUCAACAUGAAUCAAGUUAACAUGUUGGAGGCCCUAAACAAUAUGCAGACCAUGCAACAGUUCAAUGCAGCGGCGGCUGGUGAUAUUACGGAUAGUAACAAGCGGCAUAAAGCUUAG